AUGUCGCAAAACGCCGAUCGUCCCUCAUUAAACCCGACCGUGGAGGAGGAAAACGAAGAAAACUAUACAGAGCCCCAUACUACCGAAACCACCGCCCCGCGCAAUCGAAUAUCAUGGCCGGAGAUCUGCGCCCAGCAUGAAUCCGUUCUGUCGUCACAUAUGGAAAUGUUGAAUCUCGUUCGAAAUAAUGUGCCUAGUGGUGACGCGUUGCAAAUGGUGUCGGGGAUGAUCGAGAAGACGAAUAGGUUGAUGACGCAGUUUCGGGUUGUGAAGAAACAAUUGAUUUCGAAACCAGGAAACUUUGGAGAAUCAUCAGAAAAACCAACUGCUACAGCUAAUGAAUACCGGACGGCGUCUACGUCAUCUAGUCGUGAUUCGUCGAAACGACGACGCAGUCGUUCAAAAGAACGGAGGAAACGGUUUAGGGUGGAAUCCGACAGUAUGGAAGUGGAAAACGAAAGCACAGAUACCAUGCCUGUCGGAGCAGUCCAGUAUCAGAAGCGCAAGCGACUGGAUAUGAUGAUGCCGGGUGGUGAUGAAGAUGUAAGGAAUGUGACGCCGGUGGCUCUGGAAACAGAGGAUAUCUCCGAAGAAGUUCAACGUCGACUGGAAAUCAAAGAAGAGCAGAGACGAAAAAGGAGCUCAAAGCCUGACAAGAGGAAACGGGACAGUAUGGCGUCCACAGGCAGCACUUCUUCUCCCGGUGGUAUUUCAAAACCGAAGAAGAAGACCAAAACUGAGGGUUUUCAGGACGGUACUAUUGAAGUACCGUGGGAUACCGGCCGGAAGAAGAAAAUUAUCAAGCCGGUGGACUCUGAACAGGGGUCUGACGUCGGUUCUUUGGAAGAAAAACGAAGGACAAAGCGUCAGAAGCGCAAGUCCGGGACUCCCCCUAUCUUCUGA